GAUCGGUCUACGCCCGUUCUUCUGAUAGUCUCGCUCGCGGGUAUCAAAGUAUGCAGUCCAGAUGGAAAAUGCGUGCAAAUGGCGCACGCGUUAAGGCGCAUCUCGUACGCAACCUGUGAACCUCAGCACGCUCAAUUCAGCUUCCUCGCUCGAGAACCUAGAGCGCACUUCAGCAUACAAUAUUGCCAUUCUUUCAUCACCGAAUCUGCAGAACAGGCGGAGGAGUUGAACACCCUUGUCGGCAAUGCAUUUCGUAUGGCAUACGUGGCGCAACUUCAGCGCCAGCCGAUCCUUCACGAUGUGAUCUCACCGCAAUCGUCGCCACCCUAUCGCAAGGACAAACAGGAGACACGGUCUUCGUGGAACAAAUCGCUACCUGGCGACAAUUCGAUCGCCGGCGUAGGAGGCGGUUGCAGAAAUUCGUCGUCGAAUUCGUGGCUAAAAAGUCGAACGUCGCCCACGUCCAGAACUGGAAGCGGUUCGUCUGCGGCGGACAUGAACGUACAGCUCGGCAGUGCCGGCUCGCCCACGCUGCGACUCGCCAGCGUGAAGACACCGAACUCGAUCCCAGGUCUACGGCCGACGCACAACUUCACGAACGUUCUCGGCCCCAUAACGAACGAGGACGAACCAAAGAGUAUCUCUCAGCAAAGUACACCGAGCAGCGAUGAGAGCAACUCGCCGACGGAACUGAACUCGUACAAGAGGCUAACGGACAAGCCGCCUCUGAUAAAGCGGCUGGCGAUGGGUUUGACAGGUGGACGUGACGUUCUUGGACUAAACGGUGAGGAUGACAGCUGCCCCCUCGUCAGUGGUAGUAGUACGCCGACGAGCCCCUCGAAUAGGCCGCAUUCUGGGGGUUACAUAAACGAGGCGAUCAUCGACUCGGAGGGCACCAGGCCUACCUACAACAAGAUCCCCCCCUCAGAGAGUCUGGACAACACUAUCAACGCGUCCAUCACCGCGAAAAACUUCAACAUUGAGAACAACAGGAUAGGACACAAUUCUCCAAAUUCGGGUACUGAAACGGAAUUCAAGUCGAAGAGAAGAUCCCAAAUUAGUACUUCGAGCAGUUCGGUACCUGCUGACGGAAGUACUCAUGGAUCGACGCCAACACCACCGCCCCUACCUGAAAGAACGGACAGCUUGAACAAUCGCAGCGAGGAGGCUGAAUUGCGUAAAGCUCCCUGGUUCCAGGCCGGAAUACCGAGGGAAAUAACGUUGGAAGUGUUGAGCCAGGAGCCGGAAGGAGCCUUCAUGGUGAGGGAGAGCACCAGUAAACCCGGAUGUUAUGCCCUUUCGCUUCGAGUGCCGCGCGAAUUCCAACCAAGCGGAAUAGCCCAUUAUCUUAUAAUGCGUACGAACAAAGGCUACAAAAUCAAGGGCUUCACGAAGGAGUUCACGACGCUCACUGCCCUAAUUACUCACCACUCCGUGAUGCCUGAAUUACUGCCGUGCCCAUUGUCACUGAGUCGAUACAAUCCUAGCUUCGUGAAGAGCGAUUCCAACAAAGACUUCGCGGACAUCGAUUCGGAUCCCGAUUACAAUACCCUAGCCGACUUCCGGAAGAUGAUGGCUGACUUGAACGUGUAGAAUGAAAUCUCUAGGGAAUCGAAAUGAUACGGUAAAGAAGAAAAUCGAUUCGAAGCUUACACGUUCCGAGAGACCAUACGAGACUGAAUUGAAUUACGCUUUGCGAAUGGAACCUGUACACCUGGUUACACACCUGGGUGUCACGACGCGUUCGGAGACAGGAGGAAUUCACGAAAUCUCGAGGAAGUGCGCGUUCGAUCUUGAAUUCUGUGUCGCUCGUAACGAUCGACAAGCUGGGGAAUUUCUUGACGAUCGACAGGCGUGUCGCAACGAUACACACACUCUGUACUCGAAAACGAAACACAUCGUGGUGAUACGUAUUUCGUAAGUCGUCGAUAGCUGUAAGGUACUAUUAACGGAAACGACAGCGAAUCAAAAAGUCGGAGGACGCACAGCAGGGAAACCGAUUCCUUAUUUUAUAGAUCGAUUCGCGGAGUUUGCUCUUAAGGCGCAACGGGAGAGACCGUCUGGCAACAAUUUCACUUUGAAUUGAAAUGCCAACGAAUAUGUUAGUUGGCCACGAGUGUAUUCGUUGGCACGAAAUAUCUUAGAGGCGUUAACAUAUCCUGCACGACACGCGAGCUCUGCAAAAGGAAAUCUCGAUGAAUGACUAGUUUGCAGCAUUUUUUACGCGAAACGAACAAUUAUUGCGAGAAUGAGAUGAGUAUAUUUUUGAAUGUUACUUGUGAAUGUCUAUUGAAUGGAUUUCGUUUUGAAUGAAUCUCGUGAAACUGUAUUGGUGUCACGAUACGGUCGCAUUUAAUUUAGAAAUAAAAAAAAAGAGAGUUUUACCGGCAACGUUGCAUCAACCAACGACGAUCGUUACCUAGAAAUGAUACUGUGGCUUGAAAUUUACUGUUGAAAUACUAUCAGGGAUGAGUAACGCGUUGAAUGUAUAAUUUUGAAUUAGUCGAAUACAUCGACGCUGCAAUUAUGUUUUCGCUGAUUUUCGAUCGACCGUUAAGAAGAGAAACGAGAUUUUUAAGGUUCUGUCAAAUAACGUUUCGCACGACUAAACAGCGUGUUCCGAAAUUAAUGUACAUGUGUUUAUAUGUAUAUAAAUUAUAAUUAUUGUUAUAUCAUACUACUUAUAUUUAAUUAAACGAACUCAACGGCAGCGUUAGAAUGGACUGUAUCCUUGGAACACUGACGAGACGUAGAAUUCCAAGAGCAUCGAGGCCGAUUGGAGAAAAUGACUUUGCAGUGGUAAUUUAAUCGUUCGACUCACCUAGUCUUGUACAGAAUUUGCGUGCGCAUAGUGAAUAAUUAAGAAGAAGGAAGGGGUUAAAAUACAAAAAAAAUUACAAUACGCGUAUCACGACCGACAUUGACAAGCGAAACGGAGAAAUGUGUGCCGCUUUUUGUAUGCCUAAGAACAUAGAGCCAUAAGCAAACACUUCAUGCAACUCCUACAUUUCAAUUUUUUUUUUUUUUUUUUUUUCAAUAUACAGAAUAAGAUAGAAAGGAAACUCAUCGAGACAACUAGCCACCCUUCUCCCCCGAUUAAUACGAAACGCAUCAAAUCAGAUUACACGAACGGCCACCAAUUUAUCCUACGAAGCAACGUGGAUAAGACAGAUAGUAACCGAUAACCGAUAAAAUAAUAUUUUAAUAAGAAGUUUACGCGCGUUCAAGUAUCUGGUAUAAAAUUGAAUACAACUCACUCCCUGCCAUGCUAGAAUUUAACAAAUCGAUAAAUGUGUUUUACAUUCGUUUAUUUAAACCGAAUCGACCGAACGCAUAACAGCUAUAAUGCGGACUUCAAAGAGUAAAGUAAGCAAAAAUGCGAAGACAAAUCGCUUAUCGUCAUCCUCGAGAAAAUGCAUAGAAUAAAGAGAAAAAAAACUUCAACAUGGAUUUAGUUAGUUUACGGACAUUCAUUGUACUUCGACAUCGAAAGGAA